AUGGGCGACACACUCCACAACGCGCCCAUAGUCUUAGACAACGGCUCCGGUACGAUCCGCGCUGGAUUUGCAGGCGAUGACCGUCCCAAAUGCUAUUUCCCGUCAUUUGUCGGCCGGCCCAAACAUUUACGAGUGCUCGCUGGCGCAUUAGAGGGCGAUGUGUUUAUUGGGCAACGGGCACAAGAGUUACGGGGCUUGCUGAAGAUUAGGUAUCCGUUGGAGCAUGGCAUUGUUACCGAUUGGGAUGAUAUGGAGAGGAUUUGGGAAUUUGUUUAUGGGGAGGGGUUGAAGACUUUGAGUGAGGAGCACCCAGUACUAUUAACAGAACCACCCCUCAACCCACGGAGUAACCGCGAUACUGCUGCGCAAAUCCUGUUCGAAACAUUCAACGUUCCCGCAAUCUACACUUCUAUCCAAGCUGUACUCUCCCUCUACGCCUCAGGACGCACAACGGGCAUAGUUCUCGACUCUGGAGAUGGGGUGUCACACGCUGUGCCCGUCUACGAAGGAUUUGCCAUGCCCAGCUCAAUACGGCGGAUAGACGUAGCAGGGCGAGAUGUCACGGAACACAUGCAGACGCUAUUGCGGAAAGCAGGCUACGUAUUCCAUACAAGCGCCGAGAAGGAAGUAGUAAGGAUGAUCAAGGAGAAAGUUAGUUAUGUGGCUGCGGAUCCAAAGAGGGAGGAGAAGGAGUGGUCGAGUGCAAAGCUGGGAGAUGGGAAGGUCGUCGAGUAUACGUUACCGGAUGGGAAUAAGAUAAAGAUUGGAGCAGAACGUUUCCGCGCGCCAGAAAUCCUUUUCGAUCCCGAGAUCAUCGGUCUCGAAUACCCUGGCAUCCACCAGAUCGUCGUCGACGCCAUCAACCGCACCGAUCUCGACCUCCGCAAAUCGCUCUUUGGCAACAUCGUCUUAUCAGGCGGCAGCACAUUGACCAAGGGGUUCGGCGACCGGUUAUUGCAUGAGGUGCAGCGACUAGCUGUGAAGGAUAUGCGGAUUAAGAUUUUUGCACCGCCCGAGAGGAAGUACUCUACUUGGAUUGGAGGGAGUAUUUUGGCCGGCCUUAGUACUUUUAGAAAGAUGUGGGUUAGUAUCGAUGAUUGGCAUGAGAAUCCCGAAAUAAUCCAUACGAAAUUCACAUGA